UCUAUUGCAGCGUUUCUUCUUAGUUUAUUUCUGAAUGUGUCUUACAGAUAUUUCACUGGACUUACUGAAUUUCCUUUUGACAGUAAUCAAUAUAUAAAGCUAUGUUCAAUCUGCAUUUUUUUUUAAACCUCAGAAAGAAGAUGUUAACAACUACAAGCGACCUUCCUGGUAAUGGAUCUCUGUCGGAAGAAUGAGGCGACAGGCAGCAACGGACCCCACGGCGCCGAAGACGCGGAACUGACCUGCUGUCCGGGCGAGAGGGAUGAGAGGACCCACGUGUGCUGUCUUCUCAAUAUCAGCGACCUGACGCUGGAACAAGACGGAGAGCCCAACGAGUUUGUCAUUGGAACUGGCUGGGAAGAAGCCGUCCAAGGCUGGGGAAAGAUUUCUCCAACUGCUUGCAUCUGGCCCCGGAAGAAACUAAAAAAGGCCAGGGUAGGAGAAAGUGCCCACAGCAGCUGUCUGCUCUGUCUGCACCUCCCUCAAGGAAGCCCUGAGGCCAGGCCUCCUGCGGGACCCAGGAAAUUGGAGGCUGGGGCUGCAGCUGAGGUAGGCUCGGAGAAGGAUCAGAGCAGCCCCUCCCAGAGUCAGGGCCCCCCCCAGGGCCCCAACACCGCUUCCAGGGAGAUUAGCAAAAUCUACUUUCCCACCUACAUACAUGGAGGAAAAAAAAGCCUGCAAAUCAAGGAGUUUAUUUGGUGCAUGGAAGACUGGGCCAUCCCCAAGACUGGUAGGGGCAAGGCACUCAGGAGUCCCGGCGAAGGUGCCAACCGAGGGCUCUCCAUCUCAGACUCCCUCACUUCCAAGGCUCUCUUGGUCCUGCCUCCCCUGAAAACUUCACCCCCAAACGGCCUGGAUAAGAGUAAGAACUUUUUGUUGCAGUUGGGAAAGAAGGUGCCGAAUGUGGAAAAGGAUGAGUGUGUGGUCCGUGCAUAUGGAUUCAAAACAGAGUUGGCGGGUGAGUGCAAGAGUCCCGGUAAGCUGGCCAAACACCUGAAAGUCAGUGACACGCUGCCUUUUCUGUCCCCAGGGGCCCCGACGUCCCUGCUGUCCGAUCCCGAGCCGUGUUCCCUGCCUGAAAACAAGCAGAUGUGCCUGCCCAACCCCAGCAGCGUUCACUACCUCACCACCCUGAAGCUUUUGCAGAAACAGGGAGUGCCAAACUACAAGGCCAGAUUCCGAGCCAGGAUCCCAAAACCACCUGUGAGCACUCAGAGGCACAUGGGCAUAGGGUCCGGGGAGGAAGACAGGCCCCAAAGGCUGGACACCCAAGUCUUCCCCAGGGCUCUCCUGCCGUCCCUCACAGUGAGCAGACUGGUCAUCCCCAUCUCGACUCAUAGGUUCCUCUGAGCUGUCUCAAUAGAAUGUUCCGGGAAUGAGCAUGGCUGGCAUUCAUUCUCCUUUUCCUCUCCCCUUUUACCCCUAGAUUCUCUCUUGCCCAGUCUGCACCCCAUCCUCUCCUCUCUUCUCCCUCCUGCUCCCCUCUUCCUGUUUUCAUAGUAGAAAUUGAACCUCUGUGGAUUACUUUGGAUUUUUCCUCUAAAACACCUUAUUUAUGUGAUGCCAACUUUUGCCAUGUACAACAUGCACACCAGUCACCCAAAUCUGUCUUCUGCAACUUGAGCCCAGUCUGCCUAGGUGGAGGAAGGGGAGUUGCAGGGCCUGCCUCCGCACUGCCUGCCUUCCUCCAGCGCAGGGCUGACAGAGGCUCACUCCUCCACCCCUAGUGCCUUAGCUAAGUAAGUACCUUGUUUGCUCAUUCUUGUAUCAGGCAGGUAACUCAUUUUCUCUUGCAAUGAAGGUAUGAAACAUCACUUAUAAAAUUUUCAAUUUUUAUUGGAGAGAGAGGGAAAGCUGGAGGUAUGGAUAUGUAGAGACUGUUGUAGCCACUAAUUUAUUCCUUAGAUGCAGCAGCUACCUCACCACCCUGAGGGGGUGAGGGCUGAAGCCAGGAGCCAGGAACUCAGUCUGGGGCUCCCAAGGUGUGUGGGUUCCAGGAACCCAACUCUCAGAUUCACUGCUUUGUUGGGGCUCAAAUCCCACUCCAGUAUGAAAUGUGGGGGUCCAAAGUCACUAACUGUCCAGUCCCUGAUAUGCCACUUUAAUGGAAAACUCAAGUCAGGGUCCAGUUCAAUG